UUAGUUAUUAUAGUUUUAGCUAGAGAAUUUAUUUAUUUUUUAUUUAAAACUAACCAUGAAUUCAAGUGAUCAAGUAACGUCGGCUCCUCAAGAGCUCCGAUGGUUCUUUUCCCAAUCGCCGUUGCUCGGCGAAUCAGUCGGGUUAUGGUCCGAUGACACCCCCAUAACCAUUCACGUAAUGACACCUAUAUCCAGCCCCAUGAAAACGGGUGUUGCAACAACCAUGCAUGAUAAUGUUGUUACAAAUAAUGUUGUUGAUCCACAAGAAGAGUGGCUUCCUAUCACUGAAUCUAGAAAUGGUAACGCCUUCUAUGCCGCCUGUCAUACCAUUUCUUCUGGCAUCGGUUUUCAAGCGCUUAUGCUUCCCUUAGCCUUCGUUUCCCUUGGAUGGAUAUGGGGCAUUACAUGUCUUUCAUUAGGUUUCAUAUGGCAGUUGUAUACGACGUGGUUGCUAAUCCAAUUGCAUGAAUCAGAGAACGGCACACGCUACAGUAGAUACCUCCGGCUAUCUAUAGCAGCCUUUGGAGAAAAGCUUGGGAAACUUCUAUCCUUGUUUCCAAUCAUGUACUUAUCAGGUGGCACGUGUGUGGCUCUGAUCAUGUUUGGAAGUGGGACCAUCAAGAUUUUCUACCAAACAGUUUGUGGGCCCAAUUGCAAGGAGGCUAACCCAUUAACCAAUGUUGAAUGGUACAUGGUCUUCACUUCUUGUGCUGUCAAAAAAGUUAAUUCUGCCUUAAUAGCCCCUCGGCCAUUUAUUCCUGAUAAUGCUCCUGAAGAUGAAUUAGCUUACUUGAAUAGUGAAAUCGAAACCUCGAAUGAAACUGACUUCGUGUGCAAAAACUAUAUACUUAAUGGUCUGUCUGAUAACCUCUAUGACUAUUAUAAUAUGGAAAAUACUGCUAAGGAUUUGUGGGAUGCCCUACAAAAAAAGUAUGAUACUGAAGAAGCAGGUGCCAAAAAGUAUGCUGUCAGUAGGUACCUAAAAUUCCAGAUGACUGAUGAUAAGUCCGUGGAAGUGCAGUCUCACGACCUUCAGAAAAUUGCCCAUGAGAUAAUUUCCGAAGGUAUGGCCCUUGAUGAACAAUUUCAAAUUGCUGUUAUUAUUGACAAGUUGCCUCCUUCCUGGAAAGAUUUCAAAAAUAAUCUCAGGCAUAAGACUAAGGAAUUCUCCUUAGAGAGUUUGAUCACUCGGCUACGUAUAGAAGAAGAAUCCAGAAAACAGGAUCUAAAGGAAGAGAUUUUACAAAUCUCUGCUAAUAAUGCUCCUAGGCGAUCUGCUGCAGUACUUAAACCUGCUGGUAAGAAUUUCAAACCUCAGAACCGGAAGAAUAACUUCAAUAAACCGAAUGUUCAAAAGAACAAUGGAAGACAACAGUCACAACCCCCUAAGAAUGGUACUGGUCAAUUUCUGUGCUAUCGGUGUGGAAAACCAGGCCAUAUGGCACGAAAGUGCAGGAACAUGCCUAACCCUGUGCCAGCGCAGGCUAGCAUGAUUGAAGAGCCUUUUGUGGCUAUGAUUACUGAGAUCAACCUUACUGGUGGAUCAGAUGGGUGGUGGAUAGACACUGGUGCCACACGCCAUGUCUGUUAUGAUCGUCGAAUGUUUAAAACAUACACUGAAAAGACCGAUGAUAAGAAAGUACUGUUGGGUGAUUCCCAUUCCACUAACAUUGCUGGUGUUGGAAAUGUUGAGUUGAAGUUUACUUCUGGCAGGACUCUCAUUCUGAAAGAUGUGUUACACACUCCGGAAAUGAGGAAGAAUUUAGUUUCUGGUUUUUUGCUUAAUAAGGCUGGUUUUAUACAAACCAUAGGUUCUGAUUUGUUUACUUUAACUAAGAAUGGAAUAUUUGUAGGAAAAGGAUAUGCUACUGAUGGCAUGUUCAAACUGAAUGUUGAAGUUAAUAAAAUUUCUAAUUCUGCUUAUAUGUUGUGUUCUACUAUUAAUGUUUGGCAUACUAGACUUUGUCAUGUGAACAAAAGACUCAUAAAAAAUAUGAGCAAUUUAGGCCUUAUUCCAAAUAUCUCUCUCAAUGACUUUGACAAAUGUGAUUCUUGUAGUCAGGCUAAGAUUACAAAAACUCCUCAUAAAUCAGUGAUUAGAAAUUCAGAACCAUUAGACUUAAUUCAUUCGGAUAUUUGUGAACUAAAUGGGACGUUGACCAGAAAUGGACAACGAUACUUUAUCACCUUUAUUGAUGAUUGUUCUGAUUAUACUUGUAUUUAUUUGAUGAAAAAUAAGAGUGAUGCUUUUGAAAUGGCUGAAAGGAAAAAUAGGACCUUUACAGAAUUAGUAGUUGCUAUUUCCUUAUAUUCUGGUGCUGCUGAUCAUUGGUUUCCUUUUAAAUCUAGAAAUAGUGGGGGCACGUCCUCCUCUAUUAUUCCUAAAGACAGGUCUAACUCACAAGACUUGGAUGCUGAACCCGAACUAAGAAAGAGCAAGCGGGCUAGAGUAGCAAAAGACUUCGGCCCAGACUUUGUAGUUCUGAAUGUAGAGGAGGAUCCUUCUACCCUCCAAGAAGCUCUAACCUCAGUGGAUGCAGAUUUAUGGCAAGAAGCCGUGAACGACGAAAUGGACUCACUUGAGUCUAAUCGAACUUGGCAUCUAACUGAGUUGCCACCAGGUUGCAAGUCAAUUGGUUGCAAAUGGUCCACCAUGGAGUCAGAAAUGAUAGCACUAGCUACGGCUAGUGAAGAAGCAGGUUGGUUAAGAGGCCUGCUAGGUGAAAUUCCCCUAUGGGAAAAGCCAUUACCGGCUGUCUUGAUCCAUUGCGAUAGUACCGCGGCUAUUGCAAAAGUUCAGAACCGUUAUUACAACGGUAAGAGACGACAAAUACGUCGUAAGCACAGCACUGUGAGAGAAUAUCUCUCUAUCGGAGCUGUUAGAGUGGAUCACAUUAUACCUACAAAUGAAGGGCUAAUAAAAGUCAUGUAUGAAUACCAUGGGCACGACACUUCCAAGUUUCUACUGUGUCUCACAAGCCUGCUCAUCGUGAUUCAUUGUCUCAGCUCGUUCCAAAUAUAUGCAAUGCCGGUGUUCGACAAUUUGGAGUUCCGGUUCACAAGCAGCAAGAAGAAAUCAUGCCCUCGUUGGUUGAGAUCAGGAAUCAGGGCCUUCUUCGGAUGCUUAACAGUCUUCAUAGCAUUUACAGUACCAUUCUUGCCAAGUUUGGCAGGUCUUCUAGGAGGCCUAACUCUGCCUCUCGCCCUAGCAUAUCCCUGUUUCAUGUGGAUAAAGAUCAAGAAACCCCGAGAGUUCGGCUUUAUGUGGUACCUUAACUGGGGGCUAGGAUGUUUUGGGAUACUUCUGAGCAUUCUGCUAGUGACUGGAGCCAUAUGGAGUAUAGCUAUCAAAGGGAUGCCAGUCCACUUUUUUCAAGCCAGAUGAGCAAUAGGAAGAUGUCCAAAUUAGGCAGCA